GGCUUGAUUGAGGCGGCUGGAAGGCUGCUGCCGCGGCUAACUCGGCGGUUGGGAGGGCGGACAGCUGAGGCGAUGGCGGACAGCUACAGCCUGGACUGCGAGCCUACGACGCGCACGCUACUACGGCGCGUGCUGGAUACAGCGGAUCCGCUCACUCCGCGGCGACCCCGGAGUGCUCGGACUAGUGCCCAGAGAGCCCUACUUGAAACACCUUCCUCUAAGAAGCUGAGGAGCCAAACAAAGAUGACUGCCAGGCGUCGUUCUCAUAAAGCCAGGUCUAUUGACAGAUUGGCCCAUAUUCAAGCUGAUGGACACCUGGAGGAACAGACACCCCGGACUCUGCUGAAGAACAUCUUAUUAACUGCCCCGGAAUCUUCCAUCGUGUUGCCAGAAUCAGUGGUGAAGCCAGUGCCAGCACCACAGGUGGUCCAGACUUCCAGACGGGAAAGCAGUCGGGGCAGCCUGGAGCUGCAACUUCCUGAAGUUGAACCCUCAACAACUCUGGCUCCAGGUCUGCUGGCUCCUGGCAGAAGGAAGCAGAGGCUGAGGUUGUCAGUGUUUCAGCAAGGAAUGGACCAGGGGCUGCCUCUCUCUCAAGAGCCUUAUGGGAAUGCUGAUGCCUCUUCCAUCACCAGCUCCCUCAACCUGACCUUUGCCACACCUCUCCAGCCACAGUCAGUAAAGAGACCUGGUUUGGCCCGCAGACCUCCUACCCGCCGAGCUGUAGAUGUGGGUACAUUUUUGCAGGAUAUACAAGAUACUUCCCUGGCCUUGGCUCCUCCAGGUGACAGCCUCAGAACCCCUGUUACCACUCUGCCAACGGACACAGUGUUGGAGGACACACAGCCCUUCUCCCAGCCCUUGCUUGGCCGUUCCCCCAGUGUGCAACACUCCCUGCCUUGCCCCUCUCACUCUGGGGCUAAAGAUGUGGAGAGGGCUGUCGGUCACAGGACAUGGAGCAGUGGGCCUAGGCUGCAGAACAGUGGUCCUGGGAAGCCAGCCCAGCUUAUGGCAGGAAAGGUGGAGGAGGUUGGUGCUCUUGCUCUGGGCUUUCCAAACACCAGCAGUAAUAUCUCUGGAGAAGAUGGAGUAGAGCCCUUACAGAAUGGAGUUGGUGAGGAGGCAGAGGGAAGGAUGAAAGAAGGCUUGAGCAUGAGGGGAGUGGAGGAGGCAACAGGAGCACAAGGAUCUGCCAGAGCAGAAGAGCCUGAAGAACACACAGAGGUGACAGAAGCAGAGGGGUCCCAGGGGGCCAUUGAGGCCAAGGAGCCAGAAGGAUCUUCAGGGGAUGAAGAUACCCCUGGCAGGACAGCAAGUCCAGAGUUGGCCUCCAGCACCCCAGAGUUCCUUCGGGCCAGACGACUUCAGUUUCCUGAGCCAGCUCCACCGCCUAGCACUGCAGUCUUAACUUCUGAGCCUCCGGAGACUCUGUCAGCCAGGCUUCCUCCCAGAACUCGAAUCCCUGGCCCCAGGCCCCGUCAAGAUCCCUACAAGACCGGACUGAACCACUAUGCAAAACUCUUUAGCUUCUAUGCUAAAAUGCCCAUGGAGAAGAAGUCUCUUGAGAUGGUGGAGAAGUGCCUCGACAAGUACUUUCAGCAUCUUUGUGAUGACCUGGAGGUAUUUGCUGCUCAUGCUGGCCGCAAGACUGUGAGGCCAGAGGACCUGGAGCUGCUGAUGCGAAGGCAGGGUCUGGUCACUGACCAAGUCUCCCUGCACGUGCUUGUGGAGCGGCACCUGCCCCUGGAGUACCGGCAGCUGCUCAUCCCUUGUGCAUUCAGUGGCAACUCUGUCUUCCCUGCCCAGUAGUGGCCAGGUCUCAACACUUGCCCUCUCCCCACCUGGGGCCCUUUGGCCCCACAUACACUUCCAAGUUUCCUCCCUGUCCCCCAGCAUCAAUAAAGUGUCACAAACAA